UAGACAUGCGUUCCGCGAAGGACCCUCUGCGGACCUCUGCGGAACCAUGAAUACUCCGCGGAGAGGGGUAGUUUUGUAAUUUCACCCUCAUCUUUUUGACAAAAUUGACUCCCUCGUCUUUGGUCCCCCCCUGGUCCCCCGAUUCCGCUUUGGCCAAAACCCUUCCUCCACAUCGACUGUGUAUAUCGACGAUUCCGGCGACGACUUAAAAUCCGGCGACAACGACAUCAAACGACGUCAUUUUCCGGCGAUUCGAGUACAUACGACCUAAAAUCCGGCACCGAUGGACGGUAAUUUCCCCGAUAUUUUAGCCGAUGGAUUCGGCUCUCGGCACGAUGAUCUCAAUCAAAAAGCGGAUUUAACUUUAAAAGGCGUGGUGGGUACUAUCAUUAAAGACUAUUUUCCGCUCCUAACACAAUCACAACGACUAUUAUUCAAAGCUUCGCCGUUUGGAAUAUACUUAGGAAUGCAUAUCCCAUAUGGUGAUCCCUUACUUGUGCGUUUGAUGAUGUUGCACGAAGUAAGGUCUCAACAAGUAUUUGAAAUGGGGAGGUUUCUUUUUGAUAUAGAGGGGAUGCAGUUGGAUUUUGGUGAAACUGAAUAUAUUCUCAUUUGUGGUUUAAAAGUUGUUCCUUAUGUGGACUUACUCCAUGACGAAAAAGGCCGGUCAGAUUCAAAUAUUCAUGCUCGGUUGUUCCCAGACAUUUCUGAUGCACGUUUGUGGCUGAAAGAUUUAGAAGACUACAUUAUGUCUCCGAAUUAUUUGUCACUUCAGGAUGAAGAUGAUGUAAUGCUUAUCCAACUUGUUUUUAUGUUGAAUGGUCUCUACGGACGGGACGUUAAAACGGGCAUUCCCUCGGCAGUAUACAAGCUUGAUGAUAAUAUCGAUGAUUGGAACAGGUUUGCAUGGUGUACAUAUUUCUGGACAUAUACUUCGCGGUUGGUGCGUGGAAUGUUUAAGAAAAUAGAAGAAUUUUGACUAUUCAAGCAGGCCAAUCCCGAAUCCAAGAAAGUACACAAGUAUACCGUUCCCGGUUUUAUGCUUCCGUUUAAGAUAUGGAUUUUGGAGACGUUCCCCGAGGCAACCCAGUUUUAUAUACACACGUCGACAGAAUUGCCACGGAUGAGGUUGUGGAGAAGUAAAACACCGUUAACUUGGGUUCAAUGUCGUCGAAUAAACAACGUCCAAACAACCAACCAAUUUCUGUCGUGGCAAACCCGACGGAGCUGAUGUUGCCGUUUUAUGUUCGCUACGUGAACUGGACUCUUAGCCAUCAAGAGUCUCCGCCACGGCAACAUACUCCGGUCGGAAAUAGUACAGACUCUCCCCCACCGCAACAUAGUCCGGUCCAAAAUAGUCCACCUGUUGUUGCCUCGCCUCCUCGAAGAAAGAAGUAUAAGUCGGAAACAUCUUCUACUGAAUCUGGCACAAAUGCUUCUUCCUCGCAACAUCCUGAAAUAGAAAGAACUUAUAUGCCAAGAGACACAUCAACAAGGUUGAAAAAAGAUGAGCCGAACACAGGGUUUGGAGAGGAGGAGGAGGAGGAGAUGAUAAAUGAAGAGGAAGAAGAAACAUAUUACCACGGUACACAGUUGAACUAUGAUGAUAUAGGUAGUCAUGGUUUAGAGGGGGAAGUUGGGCAUACACCUACGCAUGUCGAGCCGUCACUAGACGUGGGUGAACAUCACACAAAAAUAGUGACUCCUAUUAUUAGGCCGCAACGAAAGAGGGGUGUUCCUUGGUAUCAGCGGACUCCGUUGACAGUGAUGCAAUCCACACCAAAAGUGAAGAAAAUCACCAAAACAAGGAAAAAAAUUACUGACUCUGGGUGGUUACUUUCUUCGGUAACAUUCGAGUGCCUUGCUCAUGGAAAGACGGCCGGUCAACGCAAGGCCGUCCUAAAUAAAAGUUCUAUUCCCCAUAAAUGUUAUUGCUACCCAUUGGUUUAUGGCAGUGCUACAUUCAGAUACCUGGAAAGUAGAUAUUUAUGAUUCAACACGAUCUAUGAAUUUCUUCUCAAAGUACUUUACUGGUGGAGAAUUCAAAAGUUUUGGAGAUAGUAUUAUCUCAGAGUUAGAUGCCAUUGAGUACUGAAACGAUUUCCCCGUUGGACACAAAGACAAAGCAAGUGUGGAGUUUAUUGAUAUUGUAGACGCGCCACAACAGGAAUAUACUCUUGAUAGAGGGGAUUGUGGAGUAUCCGUAUGCAUGUUUAUGGAAAUGAUUGUUUCGGUGGUACCGGUGAAGAUUGAUAAGGAACCUAGAGAUGCGGGAUUUCUCUACAGAAAUAGGAUGACAAAUAUUAAUUGGGAUACUAUAUAACUUGAUCCCAGGAACUUUGUAUAUAUAUAUUAAUAUGAAAUACUUGUUUUUAGU